CAAACUCCUUCGAUCUGAUGCGAAUAUCUGUCCCUCGGCUGCGACGAUCGACAUCCUGUACCAUCGAACCUUUUUAUCCCAUCUUUUCCACUCUCAACUGCACUUCUCUCCAGUCCAUAUGCAUCCACCGAGUAUGACCCUGCAGACCUGGUCUUUUACUUUCACCUUCUUAUCCAAAAGCACAGUUGCUCUUCUAACUGGGAUCUGCGCAACCACGCUAUGUCUGAUGCUCUUCUGGAGCCGAGGAUGGAUCUUGCUUUACGGAACCGCUUCCCUCGACCAAGUGCGGGGCAAGCCAGCCAUUCCAACCACAUCCGACAACGACAACAACGACUCGUGCGUACAAUACGAAAUGGUCUGGAUGCACGACUAUAGCCAUUCACAUCGCCACCAAGUCCGAUGUUGCCAUCGAAUUACGGGGGAUGAUGCGAGCGAGGCAGAUCGAGUCGAUUUUCCACUGGAGUACGGGAUCGUGCGAUGUGACAGCGCCCUAUGCUUUGAAGCCGACUCGCAGGAUGGACCGUGGCUGAAAGACUGCUUGAAUGCCUUUUGCAACGCUGUUUGGCUCGCAGUACUCAUGCUCUCAAAGGCUUCGACCAUCAUCAUGCUAUGCAUCCUCGGAGUCAUGUGUGUGACCAGGACAGCGACAAGUAUCGGAUCCGUCAUCUUCCAGAACCUGCUUAUCAUGUAUGUAUUGUCGACAACGAUCUUCCAUGGAACAUGGUGGGUGUCUCAGACGUUGAUAGUGCCGCUUGUCAGGGAUGGAUACCUGUUCCAGGCAGUCGUGAUAGUGCUCCUAAAGGAUUCGUUCAUACGGAUCAGGAGGGCGGCUAGGCAGAAGCAAAGGCAGUAACAUCAAGGAGCAUCACCGGUAUCUUUCAGGCAACAAUGGCCGGCAGCAGCACACUUGCGGAUCGAAA